AGCGCGGCGCGCAGGCGCCUGGCGGCCAACGCGCGCGAGCGGCGCCGCAUGCAGGGGCUCAACACCGCCUUCGACCGCCUGCGAAGGGUGGUGCCCCAGUGGGGCCAGGAUAAAAAGCUGUCCAAGUACGAGACCCUGCAGAUGGCGCUGAGCUACAUCAUGGCCCUCACCCGCAUCCUGGCCGAGGCCGAGCGCUUCGGCUCCGAGCGGGACUGGUCCAGCCUCCACUGCGAGCACUUCGGCCGCGACCACUACCUGGCCUUCGCGGGCGCCAAGCUGCAGGGCGACGGCGAGCCCUACGGCCCGAGGCUCUUCGGCUUCCAGCCGGAGCCCUUCCCGAUGGCCAGUUAG